GGAGGAGGCGGGGGGCGGCGGCUGCAGCAGAGGGGCCGAGAACUGGCGGCGGCGGCGGCGGUGGUCGUGAAGGGCAUCGGCGGCGGCGGUGAAGGCAGAGAUGAUCUGAAGAUGGAAAGAGCCAGGCGAAGGGGAGGCGGCGGCGGCCGCGGCCGCGGAGGCAAGAAUGUAGGGGGUUCUGGCCUAAGCAAGAGUAGACUGUAUCCCCAGGCCCAGCACUCCCACUACCCCCACUACGCGGUCUCAGUCACCCCUAAUCAGGCCGGGGGCGCAGCCGAAAUCCAGGAGCUGGCCUCCAAACGAGUGGACAUCCAGAAAAAGAGGUUUUACCUAGACGUGAAGCAAAGCUCACGGGGCCGCUUCCUAAAGAUAGCCGAAGUCUGGAUAGGUAGAGGCCGGCAGGACAACAUCAGAAAGAGUAAACUGACCCUCUCCCUGUCUGUGGCAGCGGAGCUGAAGGACUGUCUAGGGGACUUCAUCGAGCACUAUGCCCACCUGGGCCUGAAAGGCCACCGGCAAGAGCAUGGCCACAGCAAAGAGCAAGGCUCCAGGAGGAGACAGAAGCACUCGGCACCCUCCCCACCGGUCUCGGUGGGGUCCGAAGAGCAUCCUCACAGUGUCCUGAAAACAGACUAUAUCGAGAGGGACAAUAGAAAAUAUUACCUAGACCUAAAGGAAAAUCAGCGGGGUCGCUUCCUACGGAUUAGACAAACCAUGAUGCGGGGGACUGGCAUGAUAGGUUAUUUUGGCCACAGUUUGGGCCAAGAACAGACUAUUGUCCUCCCAGCACAAGGCAUGAUUGAGUUUCGUGAUGCCUUGGUUCAGCUGAUUGAAGAUUAUGGCGAAGGGGACAUAGAAGAACGAAGAGGUGGAGACGAUGACCCACUUGAACUCCCAGAGGGGACUUCUUUCAGAGUGGACAAUAAAAGGUUCUACUUUGAUGUGGGCUCUAAUAAAUAUGGAAUUUUCCUGAAGGUAAGUGAGGUGAGACCACCUUACCGUAAUACUAUUACUGUUCCAUUCAAAGCUUGGACAAGGUUUGGGGAGAAUUUUAUCAAGUAUGAAGAAGAGAUGAGGAAAAUUUGCAACAGCCAUAAAGAAAAGAGAAUGGAUGGCAGAAAGGCCAGUGGUGAAGAACAAGAAUGCCUCGACUAGAGUGAAAUUGAACUCCAUCAGGCAAAAUUUAAAAUCACAAAUUGGCUAAAAGUACUGAUCCAUUAUCAUUUGAAGAAGUUUUUCCUCUUUUUUGGCCCUUUGUUAUUAGUAAUACCUCUAGUAGUUGAUACUUCAAGAAGUCUGAUUCUCAUGUUAUGUUACACGUAAAUAUCACUAUAAUUCUUAUGGGAAUUCCAGCCUUCCCAGAGCUAAAUAGUUUAGCUGCUUCAACUGCUCCAGACUAUUGAAGUAUGCAAAUCAGCACAAAAUGUGACAUUCUAAAUACCAUAACUAAGAUUUACAUUGCACUAUGACAUAAUCCUGAAAAAAGAUACAUAUACUUCAAUGGAAGUGUGACUUUCUAGUUAACAAAUUCCCCAAAAAGUAUUUCAAUCCUACUUCAUUAAAAGCUGCUAAGCUUAUCCAUAGGGCAGUUACCACAGAAACAGAAAUUAACCUCAAGUAUAUAUAAAUAUAUUUAUUUAUAAAAGUACAAGUAGACAUAUAUUGUCCAUUGGAUAACUGAAUAUACCAUCAAAGGAUCAAAUCUUAUUAUCUAAUUAAACCUUAAAAAUACAGUGUCAUAGUAUUUCUUAAGAGUUACUAUAAUCUAUAAUUUCAAACUUUGUGGUAACCCUAUAUUUUAUAGUUGCCAUAUCAAAGCCAUGGGAGAGUUUUAAUUGGUUAUUCUAAGUUUAGUUACAAUCCCUUCUUUACCUCUACUUACUGUUUUACUUAUUUUUAUUGACUUUCCAAAGUUUCGGGAAUUACUUUUAUGUCACAUUGAGUGGGAGGCUUCAUCCAAUGGCUUUGCUAUGGAAAUCUUGGUGUUUUAGCUUUUUAUGCUAAUUUGAAGAUUGUGAGCAGUUUCUUCCCCAAAAUAUAUCAUGGACUCAAGGUGUUAUACUUUAUGCUUCUUCUUUAACACUAUUUCAAAAGGGUUGGUGCACCAAUUAACUGAUGUAAAAAUAUACCUGUAAUAAUAUAUUUUAGUAGCACUUUUGCAGUUGCUACCCUUAAAACCAUGUCAACACUUCCAAUAUAAACCUGAAUUUCACAGGUUUUUUAAUUCCAGAGGGGGUGGGGAUUUUUUUUUUUUCUAAAAAGAAUUUAGAAUACAAAUUACCAAUCUGAGAAAAAUAUUAUUUGAAGAUUGGUUAUAAAUAUAUUUGAAAGGAAAAUUCAGGCAUUUUCCAAGGUGCUCUUUCUGACUUUACACAAGACUCACCCAUUUACCUGUAUUAAAAAUUACUUUCCAGGAAGUGCCACAGCAAGUUUUCAACACCUAAGCAAUUUUUUAAACAAGUGGGUAUAGUGUUAUAUGUGUACCAACCCAUCCUAUAUUAACUGACUGAAAUUUCAUCUAUUCAGCUAUUAUUUUCUUCUGAAUGAAAUUAUUGUCUUUUAUCUUGGCUUUAGUCACCUCCCACACAGUAAGUCCAUCUAAUCAUAUUUAAGAGCCUGAACACUGAUUUCAACCCCCAAAUAUCACUCUCAUUGAUGAGAGCUGGCUGCAGGGAUUCAAAUCAGAAUGUAGCUCUUCUUUUAUAUGCCAAAUGUAAUUUAAAAUUAUAUCAGCAGUUUUUUCUUCCAGAGGUUUGUCCCCCAGUACAUUUAUGUGAAGUCACUAAGAAAACUUGAUGGUAUGAAGUAAGAAAAUUAAUUUCAUUGGUUUAUGUUACUUAAAACAAGCAAUCAGUAACCCCGACAUAUAUACUAGUGUUAGUUUGCAGAUUGUAUUUCACACUUCCUCUAGUAGCGUGAAGGAAUCUCAUUAGUUCAUUAUAAUUGUGGACCAUCUGGAUCACUAUGGAACAACUGAAGGUUAGGAGAUAAUGUUAGUACUAGAGUUAAUAGCACAUGGUGGGUGUUGAGUCUAUAAAAGUAGCAAGGAUUUUUAAACAGUCCUAACUGUAAAAUAACUAUGUAGGCUUGCUAAAAAAGUAGUUUUUGGUCUAUGAAGGAGGGAUGUGCACUUGAAUUACUGUACUACUGAUUGUUAUUGCUGCCCAUCAUAGUGCCUAUUAAUAAUAAUCAACCUGUCAGAUUUUGGCAAACUGGAGCUGUGAAUAUUCUAGUAUUCGAUUGUUCCUAUCUCUAUUGCUAUGAGUGUAUACUCUCUCUUAAAGUCUUCCUUUCUAAAAUAUUUAUAUCCAUUAGGUCUAAAUGAUUUCCUUUUUCCUUUUGGGUCUGAUAAGAUUUGAGUAUGUGUCUAUAUAUAUAUACAUAUAUAUACACACAUGUAUAUAUGUAUAUACACAUAUACAUAUAUGUAUGUAUACAUACAUUCAAUACCAUGUCAGACUUAAAGAUAAAUAUCUUUAACUCACUGUAUAUAAAUAUUAAAUUUACUUUUCCAUUAAUUAUUUAAGUAAAGAAUUAGUUAAGCAGCCAGAUUUUUUACCUUGUAUGUAUACUUCAAAGUUUUCACCAUCUCAAAGCUGCAAAUUAAAUUGAUGCAUAUAUACUGGCAAUUGAAUAUACUCCAAAAUUAUUAAGCCUUCUGCCAGUCCUUUUGUUUCAUUUUUUUAUAAUCAUUGAAAAAUUAGAUGAUGCUAUGAUUUUUGAUACUUAAAAUUCCCAAGAACUCAUUAGCCAUAAUUAAAUAUGAUCCAGUUCAAAACUCUGGUCUUAGGACAUGUAUUGCCAUGUAUCUUAUAAAAUAAGCUACUAUGCUUAUCUGUGCAAUAUGCAUUUUAUUUAUUGUCAUUUGUAACAUACAUGGAGCUACAAGUGUACAUGGUAUCCUUCAAAGUAACAGAAUCCCUGCCUUGAAGACAUUAAACUCUUAAGGCAACUGGAAGCUAGAAGUUAAAAAAUGAGCAUGAAAGUUAGUAACCAAAAGUACUAGUUCACUGUAUAAUUCUAAAACACUGAUGAUGUUUGCACAUAAUAAUCCUAGCAUAAUGUGGUACAGGCUCAAAACUGUAGUAAUAUAAGCUAAUAGUAUAAAAUUUGGAAACGGGUUCCUCUUGAUAGUUGGCAGUGUGCUCCUAGCAACUGAAAGCAGCACUAAUCUGUUGCUUAUAUGCAAAAGAUGCAAUGUAUUAUAAAGAUAUUAAAGUUCUGCUACAUUGUAUAAUUUUCCUUGUUAAAGCCCCAAACUGCCAUGUCCCUGAAACUUGAGUCAAACACAAGCUUAUUUGCACUAAAGAGCAUGGCCAAAAAAAUAAAUGACAGGGUGGAAAAGCUAGUUGGAACCUCUUGAAAUAAUUGGUUCUAAUAGGAGAAUUUCACAUUUGUCUAUUUGAAAGAUAUAUGGUCCAGGCAGACAAUCUGUCAGUUCACUAAUUUAAUAAUGCACUUUACCUUUUGUAUAUAGAAGAUGUACAUUUAUGCCACUUGACAGGUGGGAUGUGUUUCAAUAACUAUGUAGUUAGAAUCUAUAGGGUGAUCUCUUGCAUGCAUAUGUUUGUGUUGGAACUGUUGUAGUAACAGGUUUCCAUUAAAUCAGUGUAAUGGAGAAGAGUAGGAGAUGCUUUUGAAACAAAUCCCAGUAUAUUUAACAAAGAAUUUUAAAGUAGAGUUCACAUUUGAUGUCUUAAGAACUAUAAUAAAUAAAAUACUAUUUCCAACCCAAAUUUUUAUUACAGUUGAGACUAUAUUUAAUUGAGAUUCCCCAUAAUGCCCUGAAAGUUAAUUUGGGGAGUUUGUCCAUUAAAAAAUUAUUUUCAGUCAUUGUUUCCUUGUUGAUAUGUGUUUAAGUAAUGAACAAAAAUGCAGUACAUAAUAUUAUACUCAAUUUAAAAGUGUGGUUAGCUGAUAUGGCAUUAUUUAAAGAACACUCAGACUAAAGAAAUAAAGUUUCAAGUUAAGGAAAUGCAAGGAACCUAUGAACAGUCACUAACUCAAAUACAAUAUCUCAAAAUUCACGGAAGUACUAACCUUCACCAACUAAAAAGGGUAUUGGGGGAUUUAGUGUAUCCUUCCAUCUUAAAAACUUCCUAAGAUGUACAUGUGAAAACUAGAUAACUGUUGCUUAAUAAUACUUUACUGAGAAACACUGUGUACUAACAAUUCAUCAAGAGUGUGCUAUAUUUACUGCAUUAAUUUUAUAUCUAUAGAUAAGAAUACAUUAUAUAGUCCUCCUAUCUUAAUAUAAUAAUGUAUUUAUAUUGUAAUUUUGCAAAUAUUUUCCUUAAAAUAAACAUUUAUCUGAGCUGCACAAUUUGAAGAGGAUGAAA